GUGAUGUAUCUCACUUGUCGUAGAAAUGACGGAUUAUCAGUUUCACUCGUCGGAUUGCCCCGUGUGGCAUCCGGACAAAUUUGAUGCGAACGUCGCGUCGCGAUGUUGGUGUCAACGGUAUUCGAACUUGGUUGACUGGAAUGUCUCCCUUGGAAACCUGAGUCCGGCGGAGACGGAUGGACUCAAGAAAGAUUUGUUCGAUGAGAAGAACAGAGAGAUAAAGCCGCCUGCUUUGCAAACGGACGCUUUUCUGUGCUCCAGCUUGUGGUCCACUGAAGAAUUGAAGGACCAGGGGGUGAAUUUGGACCUUUUGUGGAAGAAGCUGGACGAAGUGACUGGGAGUGUGGAAACUAGCAGCAGCAGCAGCAACAACAACGCCACCAACACCUCCACCAGUGCUGAUGUCAAUGACUGCAAGAUGACCUUGCCGUUUCCCAGCUCGGAAUCGUCUCCGUAUCUGAGCCCGGCCGUGUCCAGGAGUCCCCUGGACGUGGAGGCGUUGGUUUCGUUGCCGGACGGAGAUUUGUCGUCUGCGUCGCCGCUGGCCCUGGACACGCUUUUGUUCGAAAAUAAUGAUGAUAAUAACAGCAGCAGUGGUAGUGGUGAGCCGCCUCCAACGGUGGAGAAGAAGACGCCGAAGCGUCGCGGGCGUCCGCCGGGAAGGACUAACAAGGAGACCAAAAGCCCGAGGAAGCGAAUGCCGAGUUUCACGGACAGCGUCAGUUCGGAUUCGUUUGACCCGUCGGGGUUUGUCAUCACCCCUGACGACCUCAAGCCCGUGCCCAUCACCAAGAAAUCAAAGAAAAAGUUGACCCCCGAGGAAGCAAAGGACGAUAAAUACUGGGCCAGGAGGAAGAAGAACAACAUGGCUGCGAAGCGUUCCCGCGACAUCAGGAGGAUCAAGGAGAACCAGAUUGCCAUUCACGCUUCUUUCCUGGAAACCCAGGUGAACUCCAAGAUGAAGGCGGAGUUGGAAGAAUUGCGUGCUGAGAACGAGACUCUUCGCCGCAAGUUGGAAGCUUACGAGAUGUCUGGUCUGAAGCGUUAGGCAAACGCGUUGCGGACGUGGUGUGGAAAUCCGAACAGGAUUGAAGGAGGAAAUCGUGUGGAGAAGAAGAAGAGGAGAAAAAAGCGGGAACGAUUCGAGAAGAGAAGAAGGAAGAAUCCUUGCCGAUGGCGACAGUAUUUUGCGUUUCCAGUGCUCCUUGUUUUCCCUGAAUUCCAACCGUGGCAUUUUUUUUUUUUUUUUUUUUUGGUGCAACGACAUGAUGUGAAAUGAGACGGUGGAGGAAAAGGAAGGUAAAUUGCGGCUUUUGUUUUUUUUGGGUGGAUAAGUACGACCUUUGAGCAAUUUGAAAGCGACAUAAGUUAUUUGGCUGUUCUUGGAGCGUUGAAAUAAGUUUGGUCGCUUAUGUUGUCGCGAGGUUUUAGUGGAGAGUUCCGUUGUCCAGAAUGGAUUAAUGGAGUCUUUUUGCUUUAAGAGAGAGAUAGGGGGUAUCGUUGGUGUGGAGGCGGUUUCAGUGAUUGAUACCCGGUGGAAAUUCGGAAUUUGACGUCGCAAAAAGUGGUUGGGGGAAGCUUGUAUUUCUUCGGCAAUUCGAAUGUGAAUCCGAGUGCGAUUCGAUUUUCAAGAAGGUGCGGUGGAGUGAAUUUGUUCGAGCCUCGACUGAAGAAGCACCUACUCUAGCAAAAAGAGAAAUUUCGAAAAAUGAAAACUUUUGUGAUGGAGAACAGUCGGAAUUUCUACCUGGUAUCGUUCAUUGGAAGUCCUCCCGAGUACGUCAGCGUACCAGAAAGGUUCUACUCAAAAGGCGUACGCGAGACUCGGUUUUCAAUAUUCUACCCCAACGAAGUUGAUGUCUUUUUUUUUUUUUAAAUCCUCAUGCUUUUGCUCGGUGUAAAAAAAAAAAAAAUUUUGAAACACACUUUUUUCUCUCUGGUGUUCUUCGAUGUGCUGUUGUGGUCGGUGUUGUAGGAAACUUUGGGUGCUGGUGCGUGUCCUGGGUGUUUUUUUUUUUU